AUGGCCAUCACAUCCGCAUCCCCUGCCUACAAUGAGGCAACAGGAUCGCAUGAACGCUCUAGUCGAAGGCGCCCCUUCGCCAGCUGGGUGAAGAAGCUCGCCGCCUUCAAGAAUGGGUCUUCGUCGGCAGACUCUGCAGAAGACAAGCGCGACGGCCCUUCGAAAACGGGAAAGAAGCUGCGGCCCAGCAAAAACAGAUACAACAACCCCUAUCCUCAGUCUGGGCGCGUCCCUGACAGCACACCGGCACAUCACAGUCAGCCAUCAUUAUCUACGGCACACACGCACAGGAAUGUGUCUUUCGAUGAGGACGACGGUCGAAGUCGAGGGUCGAUCCUUUCUGGAGAUGGUCCAGCACCACCAACGACGGCCGGCGGACUAUCCAUGGCCGGGACCGUCUCUACGGACCAUGAUGCCUCGCACUCCAUACAUGCCCCCUCGCACAUGGCCUCUUCUGUCGCGGGAACAAGCAGAACAGCCAACGGUGGUUUUGAUGGACGAAGAGGAGAAGACAGCACGUUCUCAUCACCAGCCCCGUCAGUGAGGUCUUUGACGACUACAUUGACGACGAUCCAAUCGGUCAAUCCCAACACGGCCCUUAAUGCCCCAGGCGGUCCCUCGCAGAGCCAAGCAGCCUCUCAAGGCAACCCACAGACAAUUCAAUUCACACAACCUUUCCCCUCGGUGCCUGCCUCGGCCAUUCCCGCGCAUCUUGCGCCCCACGGGCCUCCGAACACGUACAACACAGCUACAGCCAACAAUCUGCUGACCGACAACGCGUCUAUCCUGACCUUGGCAUCAUCUAGCAAGCGGCGGCGGAGGAGAUCCAUGGACACGGAUGCAUCAGUCCGAGCUCUCGCACCUUCUUCGCUUUGGGGAGGAAGCAGGGAAAGCCUGCCUCUGAGUGUUCUUAGUGCCAAUGUCGAUGGCUCAACCACGAUGCAACCUGGCACCAGUGUUUACCAGGGCAGCUCUCGUAUAGCUGGUGCCGAGAGAACAAGCAUAUACUCAGCCACCGGAGUCGCCCCGGCUCUGCCCAGUGAGCGCAACAGCUACUAUGCAGGAAAACAGCUCGCUGGCGAUGCCGUCAGUGUGCGCAGCGGCUUCUUUGGACACAACCGGGCGGACAGCGUAACUGGGAGCGUCGGAGGCGUCAACAGUCCUCUUGCAAGCCCUAGGGAGGUUUCAGAGACUGAGCGUCCUCUAGCUCCAGGUGGCGACGAGAAUACGGACCCAGCUCUUGAGCACAAGGAGAAACAACUCCUCGAUCAAUAG